UUUACACUGUUUAGACAAGCUUUUCAGAGCGUGCGUAGGAAACUAUUAUUCGACUGUUUCUGCUGUCAAGUAAGCCACAAUUUUAAGCCCGAAGGCUCAGAGAGGACAGGAAAAGGACACUCGGACAAACUGCAAACUUACUUAAAAGCAACAAAAGUCCCCAAAGUCGCACGCUCAAGAGGCGUCAAACGCAAACGAUCCAUCCUUUCUGGCUGCUUCAGGGAAGGAUACGCUGCUGGACAUGUGAAUUUAAAGGGGAUACUUGCUAAGCACAACAAUGAAACCAACGACUGCCCAGUGUUGCUUCGGCUUUCUUCUGAUUUGCCUCUUGUUUGGGUUUAGCUUUUCACAAUCAGUAUGUGCUGGAACAGAGAACAAGCUGAGCACGCUGUCGGACCUGGAGCAGCAGUAUCGCACUCUGAGGAAAUACUAUGAGAGCUGUGAAGUUGUAAUGGGCAACCUCGAGAUCACAAGCAUUGACCGCAGUCGUGACCUCACCUUCCUCAGAUCUAUCAGGGAAGUGACAGGCUAUGUGUUGGUGGCUCUGAACCAGUUUGACUACCUGCCAUUAGAGAACUUGAGAAUCAUCCGAGGAACCAAGCUAUACGAGGACCGCUACUCCCUUGCAAUCUUCCUCAAUUACAGACGUGAUGGAAACUUUGGCCUGCGCCAGUUGGGUCUAAAAAAUCUCACAGAGAUCCUAAAUGGAGGUGUUUAUGUUGACCAAAACAAGUUCUUGUGCCAUGCGGACACAAUCCAUUGGCAAGAUAUCGUCAAGUACCCACGGAUCCAACCUGUGGUGGUGCCCACCAACAGCAGUGUCACAUGUCAAAAAUGCCACCGUUCCUGCAAUGGUCGCUGCUGGGGACCCAAAGAGGACCAGUGCCAAAGCUUAACUAAGACAGUGUGUGCGGAGCAGUGUGACGGCCGUUGCUUUGGUCCCUUUGUUAGUGACUGCUGCCACCGUGAGUGUGCAGGUGGCUGUUAUGGCCCAAAGGACACAGACUGCUUUGCCUGCACCAACUUUAAUGACAGUGGGGCAUGUGUGACCCAGUGCCCUCAGCCAUUUGUCUACAACCCUACCACCUUCCAGCUGGAGCAUAACCCUAGGGCAAAGUACACCUAUGGAGCUUUCUGCGUCAAGAAGUGUCCACAUAACUUUGUGGUAGACCACAGCUCCUGUGUGAGAGCAUGCCCCAGUAACAAGAUGGAGGUGGAGGAGAAUCGCAUUAAGAUGUGCAUCCCUUGUACUGACAUCUGUCCAAAAGCAUGUGACGGGAUAGGCACAGCAAGCCUACAGACUGCUCAGACAGUGGACUCCAACAACAUUGACAAGUUUGUCAACUGCACCAAAAUCAAUGGCAACCUGGUGUUCCUCAUUACUGGAAUCAAAGGGGAUGUCUAUCAUAACAUUGAAGCUUUGGACCCGGAAAAACUCAAUGUAUUCCGCACCGUUCGGGAAAUUACAGGUUUUCUAAACAUUCAGUCAUGGCCUGACAACAUGACAGACUUGAGUGUUUUCUCCAACCUGGCUACUAUUGGGGGAAGAGCAUUGUACAGUGGGAUCUCUCUGCUGGUGUUGAAGCAGCCGGGGAUCACAUCACUUCAGCUUCAGUCUCUGAGAGAGAUCAGUGCUGGGAAUGUCCACAUUGCAGAGAACAGCCAGCUUUGCUACUACAACACUGUCAAUUGGACAAGACUGUUCCGUACUACAAACCAAAAGGUUCUUAUUCGCAACAACCGAAGUCCACAGGAAUGCUCCAAGGAGCACAUGGUGUGUGACCCACUGUGUUCAGAUGCUGGAUGUUGGGGUCCUGGCCCAGACCAAUGCCUGUCCUGCCGAUAUUUCAGUCGUGGACGAACGUGUGUAGAAUCCUGCAAUCUCUAUGAGGGGGAUAUUCGAGAAUAUGCCAAUGGGUCAGUGUGCGUAGAGUGUGAUGCCCAGUGUGAAAGAGCUGACGGUGACUCUUUGACCUGUCUUGGGCCGGGCCCAGAGCAUUGUGUGAAAUGCCUUCAUUUCAAAGACGGUCCAAACUGUGUGGAAAAGUGUCCCGAUGGCCUGCAAGGUGCCAACAGCUUCAUCUUCAAGUACGCUGAAGCCAACAACGAAUGCCAUCCCUGCCAUGCUAACUGCACCCAAGGGUGCAUUGGACCGAGACUUCAAGACUGCAUUGGCUGGAUGGACAGAACCCCUCUGAUUGCAGCAGGGGUAAUCGGAGGCCUCUUCAUGGUGGUGAUCAUGGUACUCAGUGUAGCAGUGUCUGUGCGACGGAAGAACAUUAAGAAAAAGAGGGCCCUUCGCCGCUUCCUGGAGACAGAGUUGGUUGAACCUUUAACACCCAGUGGAACGGCGCCCAAUCAAGCCCAGCUUCGCAUCCUGAAAGAAACAGAACUUAAAAGAGUCAAGAUCCUCGGCUCCGGAGCUUUUGGAACUGUUUACAAGGGUAUCUGGGUCCCAGAAGGGGAAACUGUGAAAAUCCCUGUUGCCAUUAAAAUCCUAAAUGAGGCCACAGGACCCAAGGCUAAUGUGGAAUUCAUGGAUGAGGCUCUGAUCAUGGCUAGCAUGGAGCACCCGCACCUGGUCCGACUGCUGGGUGUCUGCUUGAGUCCGACAAUCCAGCUGGUCACACAGCUGAUGCCUCACGGAUGCCUGCUCGACUAUGUCCACGAGCACAAAGACAACAUUGGAUCACAGCUAUUGCUCAACUGGUGUGUCCAGAUAGCCAAGGGAAUGAUGUAUCUAGAGGAGCGUAGGCUUGUCCACAGGGAUUUGGCAGCCCGAAAUGUUCUGGUCAAAUCUCCCAACCACAUCAAGAUCACUGACUUUGGCCUGGCUCGUCUGUUGGAUGUCAAUGAAAAAGAAUAUAAUGCUGAUGGAGGAAAGAUGCCCAUCAAAUGGAUGGCCCUUGAGUGUAUUCAUUACAGGAAGUUCACCCAUCAGAGUGACGUUUGGAGUUAUGGUGUAACCAUUUGGGAGCUGAUGACCUUUGGAGGGAAGCCAUAUGAUGGGAUUUCUACCAGAGAUAUCCCAGAUCUGUUAGAGAAGGGAGAGCGUCUGCCUCAGCCACCCAUCUGCACCAUUGACGUUUACAUGGUCAUGGUCAAAUGCUGGAUGAUUGAUGCAGACAGUCGACCCAAGUUCAAGGAGCUGGCUGCUGAGUUCACUCGAAUGGCUCGAGAUCCCCAAAGAUAUCUUGUCAUCCAGGGUGAUGAUCGCAUGAAGCUGCCCAGCCCCAGUGACAGCAAGUUCUUCCAGAGCCUCUUAGAUGAGGAGGAACUAGAUGAUCUGAUGGAUGCUGAGGAGUACUUGGUGCCCCACUCCUUCAACAUUCCCCCACUGGCAUACACUCCACGCACAAGGAUGGACUCCAACAAGAACCAAUUUGGCUGUCAGGAUCCCAGUUUCAGCAUGGAGGAUAUGCUGGCCGCCAUGCCGAGAGUGAUCUCUGGUCCCCCUGUUUCUGGAAGCUGCCUCGCUCCACAGGAACUUGCCUCAGGAGGAAAAAUUGUUGGUGGAUUUGGCCGUGGUAGCCAGGAUGACCCCCGCUGCAAUGGCACUCUGAGAAAACAGGCAUCCCCAAGGUCAAGCACCCUUGAGGCUGGCUCAACUCUCACCACAGUGCAAGGCGGAGGUGAGGACAGUAAUGGACAGCGUUACAGCGCCGAUCCCACCGGUCUUUUAGCAGAGCGAGGAGCAAAAGGCGAUCCCAUGAGAGACAAGAGCAAUUCAGAUUAUCUCAUCCCUGUAGAGGAAAACCCCUUUGUCACACGGCGUAGGAAUGGAGAUGCCCACACAGUGAUUGAUGGAGCUAGCUGCCACACUCUGCAUUUGGCUGGAGCCACUGCUGCCCCCAAAAGUCAAUCCACUCAUGGUGAUGAUGAGUAUGUCAACGAGCCACUGUACCUGAAUACCCUCCUCAACGCUGGGGCCAAGAAUGGAUUGGCUGGCACGGUCUCCAUCUCUGGCUCUGGAUCCUCUGUUGCACAAUCAGUACUGCAGACAGUCAACCCACCAACAUCAAGCCACACCAUCUCCUCCACUGGAUAUGUGGUACCCCCUGGCCACCUCCCCCACCCAUCGUAUCCAUCACACACCCUGCAUCCGGGGCAUUCAGGACACGCUCUGCACUCAGGCAUUACCAGCAGCACCAUCAUGUUUGAUAAGAAAGGCAAGAAAGCCACUUUUGACAAUCCUGAAUACUGGCAGCAUAGUCUCCCUCCCAAGUCCUCACUGCACAACCCUGAGUACCUGCAGGACUGCAGCACACGCUUCUUCUACCGCCAGAAUGGACGCAUUCGCCCUGCUGUGGCUGAAAACCAGGAAUACUUGUCAGAGGCUGCUAUGAAAACAGGCAAUGUAUUGCCACCCCCUCCAUACAGACAGAGGAACACUGUGGUGUAGUGACCCACCUGUAGCACAUUAGCGAUGAAUAGAGGGGUAUGGGUGGGGAUGAAUGGACAGUAAACAGUCCUCACUUUUCCAUGCUGUUCUUCUCAAACUGGGUUCUUCUUUCACCUUUCCUUAACACUUCUCUUUGUCAUGUCUGCUAAUCUUGUAUUCUCACUCACUGGUUUUGCAUUUAUAUGACAAAACUAUAAUAACAUUCACUAACGGCCUCUUUUGUUACUUUGUCCUUGGCCCCCAAAGCAAACACAGACAUCUCUUUGUGGUGUAUUCUGUCCUGGAAAAGAAAAAGUCCUGUUUUUUAGAAUCAAAAUUGCACAUAAAUAAUAUUAACACAAUCAAAGAUGAAAAGAGGAGGAAAAAAUAAACUGUGGUUAGCCCCAGCACGAUUAUUUCCAUGACCUUACAUGUCUUUCUUUAUACACCCUUAAACCACUGUUCACUGUCCUUUUGGCACAUUUUCCAUCCAGCUAGAUGCACACAUUGUACUAUUCACAAACUGCUAUUGCUUGGGUGCAGUCAAUCAAAUGUCCAUGCACAUAGAGUUGUGUCAUGACUUACCAGCAAACCUGCAGUCAUGCUGAAGAGCCCAGAUGUGGCCUGCAUGCCUGCCCUCAUGCUGCUUUGACUAUUACGUUUUACUGCACCAGUAAUGAAAUUCAGACAUUUAUCACACACAUAUUUCAAAUCAUACCUGAAAUAUGUUAACAUGCCUGUAGGCUUGACACACCUACUA